ACGUUUUCUUUGUUAGCUUGCUAGGCAUUUUGGAUAACGAGAGAAAGUUUGAGUCUUUGAGAGAGAGAGAGAGAGAGAGAGAGAGAGAGAGAGAGAGAGAAGGUGAGGAGUAGGUGGUGCUGUUGCUGUUUCUGGGUUGCGUGGAAGCACAACGCGUGUUGUUGUUUUUGACUUUUGGAAGCACAAUUGCAAUGGAGGUGGAUGGCAAAUCUGUGGUAGCAGGACCUACGAAUGUUAUUUUUCUGUCGACUAUUUUGGGCCGAGAUGGGUCAACUUCUGUUCACAAAUGUGACUGGAAAUGCCAGAACGAGCAUGUCUGCGCGAAUAUGUAUUGCUGCAAGCUAACUGGACUCACUCACAUCUGUGACAAAAACUGUGACCAGAGGAUCCUGUAUGAUAACCAUAGCUCCCUUUGUCGAGCAAGCGGAAAGAUUUUCCCCCUUACACCAGCAGAGGAACAGGCCGUGAGAGGGGUCCGGAGGAAGCUUGAGUCAGAGAACUCUUCUGCAGACAGUUGUUCUUCUAAGCGCAGACGGGAUGCCCAGUUCCAUCCUUCUCCUUUCGAGAGAUCCUUCUCUACAGUCAGUCUGAUCUGCAGCAAAGUUGGAGAUGGCAUGGAUAUGAGCUAGAGUUAUAAGAUAAAUGGAAGACUUUUAUUGCUUAUCUUUAUCUUGUUCCUUUGAAACCUUUCCUUAUUUUUCAUUCGUCGAACGGACAUGGAUGAUGAACUUGAUGAGUACUUAAGUGGCGGACCUAAUGUGUCCUACCCGUCUGUAGGAACAAUCUAUAUUUGUAGUCCUGUUUACUGCAAUUUAACUCAAACAUUAGCUUGACUUAAACAAGGAAUGUCAAUUCGGGGGUUGGUCAGGGGUUGUUUAACUGCUUAUGAAUCUUGGAUUUAUGUUUCUUCUUGCUAACCUUACUGCUUCGAAUGUGAGCUAUAUUCAGUACAGGGUGCUCUCAGGUCGUUUGUACGACUUGUGUCAUGAUUUAGCUGUGACUUUGUUGUCUUAUCCCAUUAAUUAUUUUGCCUUAUUAGGAGCACUUCCUAUUGAUUUGCAUUACAUGAUGGUUGUAAUGCAGAAAUGUAAUUAAUUAUAUGUAAUAAUAAGUGGUUCCCUUAGUUACUUCUUUAUUUGGAUCUGUACUAUCUUUCAUUUUUGUUUACUGCCGGUGCAUGCAGCAUAGGUUGUUGUUGAGUUACUCUGCCUAGUUUGGUACAGGUUACACAGGAAUGAUCUGGUUUUCACACCUUUGAUUUAUUUUCAUCAUCGUACUUUGUUAUUAAUUUAUUUACUUUUGCUUUGGUUAUUUGGGAGUAUGGAUCUGAAGUUAAUGUCAAUUUUGCAGGGCUUGAAGCAUGUGCUAUCGAGGAGACAUUAAAUAUGCUUGUUAAUAAUGAACAAUGUCUUAUAUUUAGAAAUUUUCUGGUAUGGCUUCUUAUUUAUUUUGUCUUUCGUUUUCUCAUGUAGGUAAUUGCAUCACUUGUUGGCGAAGAAAGCUACACCUGGUGAUGCUGACGAGUUUACCUGGCUGUCCUAAAUAUGUCAUGUAGAAAUGAUUGCACAUCAGAGAGACAUGUUAGGUCAGUCAAGCUUUCGAAUUCAAGUUCAUUGAUCCUUUCUGUUUGCCUUAUUGGUGGGGAAAACAGAGCAAUUUCUGCUCAGCCAUCAACGCAAAUUGCGCGAAUAUUCAGUUGCUUUUGAGCUCACACUAUGUUCAUCUGAUCUUACGCUGGUGGUUGGUGCCCUCCUUUUUCCGUGGCAGGUCCAAAUAAGUUGUGUUUGAGUUGUCCUGCCCAUGGCCUAUUUGGUUCGUUAAUAUUUUCCAUGGAAGGCAAAUCCUUUUGAGCUUGCAUGUCUGAAAGUCACUGGGCUAAGCAAGCAAUUAGGACCAAAUUUGGCUGAUUAGGUAGAAAGUGCAUUGAAAGUUGUAACUAGGAUAUUCCGUGUUACUAUAUUAGGUCAGUUAAUUUAGUUAUAAGUACUGUUAAAUUCAAACCCUUCUUAUUCUAGAGGAUUUUCGAAUCUCUUAAUAUGGUGAAAGCCCCCUUCUGUUAUAAAUUUUGUGGUGAUGCCAAGAUAUUUUGAUUACUUUGGCAUCAUCCGUUUGUGUACAUUAUAGUAAUUUCCUCUUAAUUUUCCAUUCA